GCAUUGUGAUCGUGCACACACGCCCAGGAGCGACGGAAGCUAGACCUUUUUUUGGGGGGAGAAUAUGGCCAUAUACGGAAGCUAUCCCGGAUCUGUGUACAGAAAAGGGUACAGAUUAACCAAUGCGUGACACUAGCCGUUGAAUGGUUAAAAAAAGAAAUUUUCAAAAUUAAAUAUAGCUUGCGAGCAGUGCCUGGCUGGAUGUGCUAACCAACCAUCGCACAAAUACGAUACGAGUGGGUACAGUAGCGUGUGCAUCUCCUGCGGUUGAAGAUUAUUGAUUUUUUUUUUGUCUGAAAUUUUUAAGCCACUGCACUUGUGCUCAAGUUGAAUGGUGUCAAAACGAUCACGAGGGAAUAUGUGAUUCCAUGUUUAUAGAUGAUGAUGAUGAUUAGCGUAAUGUCUCUUAUUACUGUCCCUACUAAACAUUGCUGAUGCACUGGCUCAAGGUCACGAGAGUGUCAAUUCCAAAGCAAUUCUACCAGUCGAGUGGUGAACGCUACGGAUUGGUUGGGGAAAAUGGUUGUUUCCGCAAAGCAGAAGAAACAUUGAAGCAUCAGUUGAACAUACCGCCUCACCGACCGGUUCGUCGAGCUCGUCCGCAUCGGCGGGAUCACCCAAACGAAGCACCGCCGACAAACAGCCGUCAGCCCGCGACCAAAAGGAUAAGAAACAGGAUGCAAAGGAAGGCAAGGGCCAGCAUAAAUCACGCAAGGAGCGGGACGAGAACACCUCAAUCAUUUAGCCUUUUUAAAAAAAUGCAUAUGCCACAAAAUCCCUCAAAACACACACACAAACACAAACUCAAAAGAACCUCCCAAGUGCAACGAACCUGCUGGAUUCAUGUCACCAGCCCCGUACUACCACUACUACGACAAGCGCGGUCAUCGGACUGUAGGCGCCGAACAUUCCCACUCUUCCAUCGGGAGCGUUGUCUUGCCUGGAAGAUGCUACUGCCCAGUCCGUUUCUGGACACCAACAUCCCGUAGCCAGAUCCACGCGCGGCCUAGCAGUAGAAACAGGGCGGGUUUUGACGAUGUGUAUGACGAUGGGGCGUAGGGAUGGCGGAUUGUGAGAAACGCUCAGAGAGUGGCAAUCCCCAGCACCGGAUCGUUUCUUUCGCAAUCCGCUGUGAGUAAGAAGAAGCUUUGCUGUCGUAAUUUACAAAUACUGUAAUGAGUACGUAUAUCGGUGCAUUCUGGGCCCACCACCCAUCCAUGGUAUCGAUCGGCGCCGCUUUCUGAAUGUUAUGUAUCGAACUAUGGAAAGAAGGAACCUAUUUCUCCCAAAUAAGCUCACUUACUGCAAACAAUUGUGCUCGCCUAGUGCGUGACGCCUUUCGGGUUCGAAUCGAGCUCGAUUCGAUUCCGUCACUGCAUCGACAGCGAGCGGAUUGAGUGCAGUAUAAAACAACAGCUGGGACGUACGCAUGGCGUUUGCUUCUCUCAUUUUAGAACUCAUCAUCGUCAUCCUCGUCGUCGCGCACCUCGUCACGUUCUAACUCAACGGAUGGUUCCCGCUGCUCGAAGUCUCCGUCCCGCAGCCCUUCGCCGGCAUCGCGAUCGAAACGGGCCAAAAAUGGUGCUGAUGAGCAUAAAUCGUCAGAGAAAACAUCAUCCGGGAAAAAGGAUAGCAAGAACAGACAAUCGAAAUCGCCUUCGGGCGAUCAGCGCCGUUCAGCUGGCAACGGUAGUAACAAUAAGUCCAAUGAAAGCAGACCGGAAGGAUAAAAGGAAAUCUUCCCCACCGAGGCACGAUGCCAGCAAGCACGACCGAAGCCAGUCCCGUGAGCGUGAGCGUAAAAAUCGUGACAAGGAUCGUGAGCGCGAGCGUGAUCGUACACGAGAACGGGAGCGUGAACAGCGCAAUCGUGACCGAGAUCGGGAGCGAGAGCGCCAAAAGGAUCGCCCGAAGGAUCGUAACCGUGAUCGUGAGCGUGAGCGCGAGCGGGAACGGGAUAGAGACCGGGAACGUAGCCGUUAUGAUCGUGAUCGUGGCUCGGCUCGGGACUCUCGCAGCGAUUACCACCGAGAUCAACGACGUGGGGGAGGGAAUUGGAGCAAAUCCAAUGAGCGUGAUAAUAAUCGACGCGACUCUCGUGGAUACGAUCGAAAGGAUGAUCGUAAGGAUAGGAGAAGCGGUCGAGACUACGACAAGGAUCACCGUAGAAGCCGACGCUCAGAAUCACGCGAAUCACGCCACCGACGACGUCACUCACCAAACGAGCGAGUACCAUCAUCGAGAGCGCGCGAUUCACGUUCCCGCUCCCGAUCCCGGUCAAGAUCUGGCGCCAAGUCUUCGCCGCCUCGCACCAGUCAGCAACAAACACCAUCGACAAACGCUUCCUACGCCGGCGCUGGUUUGCUUCCCACUCCGAGCAGAUUCACGCAAAGCCCGACGACGAAGCCCGUAUCGCUGUUGCCCACACCGCCCGUCGCACAGUCGCUGCUGGGAGCGGCUCCUAGCCUUGUUCCGACGGCAGGCAUACCUUCCCUAAUGAGCAUCCCAACGAAACCACCGAUCAGCUCGCUGAUUCCUCCAGCCGUUGCCGCCAAACUGACCCUUUCGAACGAAUCGAAGCUCGGACAACUUGCCCUGCCGCUGGCAACACCACCCGCUCAACAAGAUCCGGCCGUCACGAGUGUGCUACUGUCCCGGAGUGCGCUGCUGCGCAACACCGCAAAGGCGGCACAGCUCGAGAAGAUGGGGAUCGAUGUGUUGCAGCAGAGCCAGAAGGCAGUGGACAGUGUACCGCUCCCGUCCUACUACAACCCGGGCGUGGUGAAUCCGGUCCGGUAUGCGGAUCAAGUGCAGAAGCGCAAAUUGCUCUGGAGCCACAAGACAACCGAAAGCAAGGAGGUGUCUUCGAACAUAAGCAAAUGGGAGCAGGCAAAGUUUGCACAGGACACGGACGGUCGGGUUGCGUCGAAAUUCCUGCGCCUAAUGGGAGUGAAGGAUGCAGCGCCCAAGCCGGGCGAGGAAGGGGAAUCGCCCGUUUCGACGGCAGGAGGAACCUCUUCGGCAUCCCUCUCGGCAAAGGUAGGCUCCAGCUCAGGGGCGACGGGAGCGAGCGGCCCUUCAAAUGGCGGCAAAUCGACGGGAGACAGUAUUAAGAAGCAGGAAGAACUGUUCUCGACGAUGGAGCAGCAGUACGAAGUUGCCCGACAGGUGACACACACGAUGCGUGGCGUUGGUCUCGGGUUUGGCUCUCAGGCCCGCCAGUUCUAAUUGCAUAAGGCAUUACCAACCAUAUGGCCAUAGUUUGUUUUGUCCUUUUCUUUUGCGCCGUAGAACUUUCGCUGUAUAGUGUAGCAGAACCUUUGUUUUCGUGUCGCACGUGCGCAUUCACGUGCUACAACAGCAUCAAGAUGAAUAAACAAACUCAUUGUAAAACUA